AUGCAUAGAUGCAAGGCUGCUGAUGCACUACUCUCGCAAAUGGUGAUGGAGAACGCCUACGAGUUAAUCAUCAUAAGCGAGCAAUACAAAAUGAAAGAGAGAGGUACCUGGCUGGAAGAUAGCAGCUCGACCGCCGCUAUAUGGCUACCACCAGGGAGUAAUGCCAUCACUGUAGACAAAGAGAACGGCAAUGGUUUUGUCUGGGCCAAUUGCGACCUUUUUACAGUAAUUAGCUGCUACUUGACGCCGAGCGAUAGCAUACAGGAAUUCCAAGAAAAACUCGACAAUAUUGAGGACACAGACAGGUCUAUAGAAGGUCAAUUAAUAAUCGCCGGAGACCUAAAUUCCAAAGCCGUAGAGUGGGGUAUGCCAAAUACGGAUUUGAGGGGAAAGCGCAUCCUUGAAAUGGCUGCGCGCCUAAGUCUAAUAGUGCCCAACACGGGAAAUGCAACCACGUUUAGAAGACCGGGAUGCGAGGAAACUACAACAUACAUCACUCUAUCAUCAGAACGCUUGGCAGGCUCAAUAAAGAAAUGGAAAGUCCUGGAGGAUUACACUGGUAGCGAUCACCAGUACAUUUCCUUCACUAUCGAUACUGGAACAAACGCUAACCAGUACAGGAAAAAGACUGCAACACGGAAGUGGGACAUUUCGAAGCUAAAUACUUCGAAACUGAUCUCUGCAAUAGACGACCAAAACCCAUCUAGCAGCUCCCCAAAUAAUGCAAAAGAAAUUGUUGAGCACACAAUGUUUAAUAUAACAAGUGCCUAUCCUACACGAGAUCCAGGCGCAGAGGAGCCGCACCCGAAGAAGCCGAACAAUACAAAGCAGCAAAAAAGGAGCUGA